UAUUCCCACCCCUCCGAUCCUUUCCUCGUUUCUUCUCUUCUUUCUCCUGAUCCUCCCAGAAAGCUCAAGCUAAGUUUCUUCUUGCUGAAGAGAAAAAGCAGAAUUAUUCAGGAAGUCGAGGAAGUACAUCAGCGGUACCGGACCAUGUGGCCAUUCUGACCUCUGCUCCUGGUCCUAGAACCAUGGACCCCAAAGAAAUACCUGCCGUACCCUGCUUCCCCUCCAACUCUGAAUACACCACAGUGUUUGAAACCAGAACUCCACAGGGGAUGGAACUGGGCCCCAGAAGAGCUGUAGGUCGCUGUGACCACUGCCAGAACCAUGGCAUCACUACUCAAGUCUGGGGCAACAAGCAUCUUUGCCCCUUCCGGGCCUGCAGAUGUCACACUUGUACCCUCUUCUUGGAACCCUGCAAGGUGUUGCCUGAUGUGAGUACCUUGCAGAAGGAGCAGAAGGCACAGCUAAAGAAGCACCUGACUCAAGGACCGAUAAGGACAGUGGCUGACCCUCCCAAAGCUCAACUCCAUGUGGAGAAUUUGACCACUGGAACAGGAGUUCUCACUAAGAAGGAGAGCUUCGUGCCGCAGCCUGAGGUCCACCCUCCCAAGACCUUCAAGGAGGAGGGCUCUCAAGAGCCUUGGCUACUCAGCCGGCCCCCAGUGUCGUUGCCUGUGCCUUGUACUCCAGUGAUCUGGAAGCAACAACUGAUGGUUUCUCCUCCUGUGGAGCCCUGCUGGCCUCUUGCCCUGCCCGGCAUAUGCUCAACUGUGGUCCUCCAGCCCUGUGCCACCGUCGGCCCUCUUGUAUUCCGGCCACAGGUCCUGGCCGCCGAAGCUGCUGGCCAAGCUUCUGCCCACUCAGAGUGGCAGAGGAAGUUGGAGGCUGCUGAAGCCCUGCUGUCUCUGAAAAACUCUUGCCCAGCCCCUUCCGUUUCCAUCUCCAUGCACCAGCCCUGCAGUCCACCAGCUCUCUGUGAAAAACGUGCCCAGAAAGGAAGGGCUGGAGGAGCUCUGAGGAAGAACCAACCCAUGAGGAGGCAGAGAGGGAAGGCUGAGCAUUUCAGAACCAAAUUGGUGGAAGAGGCAUGAUGUGUGAAAGAAGAAGGAAUCCUGGGGGAACUGCUGGAACAGAAGAGCAUGAGGCUGGAACAGAAGAGGAUGAGACUGGAACAGAAGGGGACUGGGCAAAGGAGGCCCAAUCGGGGGAAAAUGGCAGGUUAGGGUUAGAGGCUAUUCCCAAAAUGGUGGGUGGUUAGGAGCCAGAGAAUGCUUCUGGUCUAGAGAGAAGCAUAUUCAGAUAGUGUGGACUUUACGAAAAGGAUGUAGUGACUGUAAUGGAGGGACUGGGGGAGGCAAUGGUGUUGACAGAGAAACCAGUGAGUAAGAGGCCUGUGCAAUAGUCCAGGUGACAAAUGUUACAUUGGGUAGGACGAAAAAAAAAAAAAAAGAGAGAGAGAGAGAGACAUAGAGAGAGAUAAAGCUGGCUGGGAGGGACUUAUGAAUGUGAAGUGAACUGUCUCAGGCUCCUACCUGCCUGCCUGCAGCUCCUGCUGGAGACAAGAGACUCCAGCUUCCAAAUCCCUCU